AUGCCAGUCUCGUUAAACGAGCGAUCCGCAUUGGUGGUGGCGACCGGAGACGGAGCUGUCGAGAUGGAUUUAUCCACGCACAAUUGGAAGCAUGCGCCGUCCGUUCCUGGGAAGGAGCAACUGAUUCCGACUAUUUUCGUAAAAGCACUAGAAACCAUUCCUCAGCAAGUCUGCGACGAUAACAUGGAGGCGUUCGUUCCACUCGUCGAGUUGAACGCAAUCGGCAGUGCGACGGAGGCCACAUGCCUCAUUCUCGGUGUUGACGAGACAGCACAUAGCGAUGCACAAAGUCCAGGGCCAAAAGCAUCCCCUGGUGCAGUCUCCGGGGCAGGGACUGAAAAUGGAAAGGCGAAAUUGAUCGCAUUUACGCUCGUCCGAAAAAGACCCGGCAAUCCGGUGAUAGCCUCUGUCCCAGACUCGGAGGAUCUAGGUUACCUAACAGUUCGCCGCCGUCAAUGCUAA